AUGACUGGAAUGCGAGAGGUGCCAAUGGCGGCCUGGUCGAACGACCUACUGUGCCUAAAAUCAAACCAUCAAAUUUUAUUGCGCGUGUGCGAUACAAAAUCUGGUCAUUGGAUGCCGGAUUUGAUAGAGUGCAAAAUGAGUAUGAACAAAAACAUGCACUGCCCUGAUGAUCUUUUUGAAAUUCGACACGUUGGUAACGUUCCACUUUGCUUAAAAAUUUCAACUGAACCUCAAGCGUUCAAUGAAAAAUUUUUCUACGGCUCAAAUAUCAUUAUUCCUAUGGAUUUAACAGACACAGAAAUUUCUACAGUAUCCAAGUUCUUGAUAAAGAAUAAUAUUUAUGAAUAUUGGCUGCCAAUACGUCGAAAAAACGAAGUAAUGCCUUAUGAAGUACGUUUGCCAGGAAAUUCUUGGAGAAAAAAAAUAAAUGAGAGUAUAAUACACUUAAAAAAAAAACACAAUGAGCACUGCCUAAAGCAUACUAUGAUUAAUAAAACAGCAACUGACUUUAAAAACCAAAUAGUAUCUGUAGACUGCAAUACUUUCUUAAAUGCAGUGUGCAUUUUUAGGUCGGAUCUGAUAUCUAAUGCUGGAUGUCCGAGCGGCUUUGGAGCUUUAGUCUAUCACCCGUCAGUAUGUUAUGGUAUUGCCUGGAAAAAUACCACGUAUAAACACGUUGAUCUAAAAGAGUACUUAAAAAAAAGAAAUUGGCUAAGGCGGAUUUUAGCAAAGUAUGUCUCAAAGAAAAAUCAAAACGAAUAUUUUAAAAUUGAUUUCCUUUCUCACCACUUGACAGAAAAAUAUGUUAUACUAAUGAGUCUAUCUGAAAAUUUCCAAAUUGUUAGCAAAGGCUUGAAAUGGAUUCCCACUUUAAGCAAAAAAAUUGUGAAGCCAAGUAGUGCUAUUAAAAUGGUAUUGGAAGUAGAUGACGUCUCUAAAGCGCUUAGGCUGGUGAUUUAUAAUCGAAAGUAUUUAUGGGUAAAUAACAACUCUUAUGUUGGUGCCCAAUGUUUUGCAUUUUUAGAAUAUGGAACUCUAAAAAAAGCCAACUUGGACCUCGUUUGGGAGAAUCAAGAACAAUCUUAUUCAAUUCUUAAUGUCAAUUUAUUUUCAAGCUAUCGCACCGAAUAUUGGUGUGAAGGUCACAGCAUUUUUGAGUUUCAGCUGGUUUCCACCCGGUUGCUGGUAGAUUAUAAUAGAAACACAGCGCAUGGUUUUGUUAUACGUUGGAACGUCUCAUGUAUAAAUGCAAAUUUUGCAUUUAAUUUGUGUGAUGAAGUAACCGGUAAACAUUUAAGAAACCUUUCAGAAAGCAUAUACGGAAACAGCGAUCUAGGUCAUCUUUUCAUACACGAUGUGCGAAUAAUGAAUAUGGAAUGGAUCAAAAAUAUAUAUGUUGUUUUUUGGAUUCAUAUACUUGCAGCUCUCAAAAUAACAGCAGAAUAUGAUGUCCAUGAACUUGCCUGGGACAAUGCCCCCAAAAUAACAAAGAACUCAUUUGCCUUUAUGCAAAUUAAAAUUACACUGAACAUUUUUUUUUUUAGUUUCAUUAAAAACUCAACUUAUCUCAUACGUAGUAAAGAUUAUUGUUCAUCAGAGCGUUUAUUUUCAAACGAUGGACUACAGUGGACUACAACGCGUAUUGGAGAAAUCGCUACGACAAAGAAAUUGUGUAUUCAAAAAAAUGGUAUGCCCUACACGCGAUUAUGUUUAGGCGAUUUUGUUCAUGGAGCAUAUUGGAAAGAGUUAACAAAACCCGUCGUAUGUGAAAGUCCUAAGUAUAAUACCAAAGUAUUGUAUAAUUUGAUUAAAGCCAAAAUUGUUAAGUCCUUACCAGAAAAAGCUUUACAUGUGAAAAACAUAAUUGCAAAUAGUAAAAAUAGUAUAGUUCCAGCUGACAUCUUCUUUAUUUCUAAAAUUAUUCAAUCAGUGCUUAAAACUUAUUCAUCAAAUUUAACACUUCGACAGACAAAUGAAGAAUCAACUAAAUGGAAGAAUGCAUUUUCUGACAUUUUCGAUAUAUACAAUAUAUUAAUAGACAUUGACUCUAAUGUUAUAAAGAAGUCUUCUGAGCUAAACGCUACAAAGUUAUUAAGAUCAUUUGAAAGGUAUGUUGACACUUUAUCAACUAAUUUGCCUUUUACUAAAAUAGGUAAUGGUGAAGAACAGCUUGUCUCUGAGUUGCAAAGUGAAACAAUUGACUAUGAUGAUAUUGGAGUAUCAGUUUAUAUUUCAAAAUAUUUAUAUUUCUCAAUCAACCCAAGUAUUGCCAAUGUUUCGGGAAUAGCAUUGUUUGCAAAUAAUAAGAAAAGAAAUAAACAAAAAAAACUUAAGGGGGCAUUUAAAAACGAACAUUACCGUUUUCUUCAAGUAAAUCAUGACAUUAAUGAUGUUGUUGAUGAGCCUGACUUAGAACUUGGGGUAUACUUGCCAAUAGAUCUAAUAGGCACCUUGAAAGCUUCAACGAAUAAGUUAAAUGACGUUACUGUUGUUAUUAAGGUAUACUCAAAUGACCAACUAUUUCAACAGUCUGUUAGAUCUUUAAUACUAUUAAGUCGAAUAGUAUCUAUAUCAAUACCUGGGUAUAGUUCAAAUCUUCCUGUACCUGUGCCAAUUAUCUUUCGCAAGUCUCAGAACAAGGAGGCAAAUACGUCAAGUUCCUGUGAAUACUGGAACUAUGAAAGUUGGAUCGAUGGUAAAAGUAUGUUAAACAAUUUCGAAAAUAGUAAAGGUAAAGCGCUAUGCCUUCUAAGGCGUUUGGCACCAACUGGAUAUUUUUUAGAGAAAAAUAAUUUUAUUGAAAAUACCUUAAUAAUUAAUAAUUCAAGCUUAAAUGAAAAUAUUAUUUAUGCUAUUUUACUUACCAGCUGUCUACUGAUGUUUAUUGGCUUUUGGUUUUGCAAGUGAAAUUUUAGACAACGCUUUCAAAUAGAUGUAGUACUUACAUUUAUUAAAUAUGAUUUCAAAUAG